CGCCUGACGCGAGUAACAAUUCAUGAAAUUGGCAACAAAUGAAAGUAGCAAUUUCAGCCAGAAAGUGUCUCCCCCACUUCCCUCUAUCUCUUCCAUCCUAUUGAUCCGAGGGACCAUUUCCCCCCCCCCAAACAACUUUUUCUUUUACCCCACUCCCUGCCUUCCAUGGCGAGGAGUGAGCUGGACAUAUUCCCCUCCAAGCGGCACGACAAGCUCGAUUUCUUCCUGAAGAGACACUUGGAGGAGAGCGUAUUCAACAAGAUCCGAAUGUACGAGGCGUGCAUCGUGGUGUCGGAGAGGAAGAGCAAGAAAGCCUUCGAGUAUGUCAUUCUGACCGACGAGUGCAUCUACUUGACGCAGAACCCACCCAAGACCAUCCACGAGGCGGUGCAUCUCAGUGAUGUGGUUGCAAUCGAGCUGGUAGACGAUUAUCCAGAUUUUCUGAGCGGCCAGGAUCGGGAGUCUGCACAACACAUCCGCAUCGUUUCCAUCUCCCGGGCAGAGAAGAAAGGCCACAAAGUCCAAGUUAGAGGCAAUAAGUAUUUACCUGCUGUCAUUAGUGGCAGAAGGAAGUUUGGUGCCUUGAGCCAGGAAGAAGCUGUGGUUAGUAGCAACAUCCAGGAGGGCAGCAGCAUAUCGAAAUCAAAGCAGGGCCGUGCUCUGAAUCAGUUCUCUCUCAGGGGAAAUGCAGCAGAGUCCGGGGAGCCACACUCCACGCUGCGGCACACUGCCUCCUUCCCGAUCUCUGCCAUGAAAAAUCUGAAACUGUCCGACCGUCGCAAUGCGGAGGGGUCUGUACCUAAGCCUCCGAAUGCCCGUCCAUUACCAGACCCUCCGAAAGAAAGUGCAGCCAGUCACCCUGCAACGACAGCCACUGCUCCCAGCUCAGUAUCAAUGGAGCGGUUGGUAACCAGUCCUUACCCCUCGACCUGGAACAUGAAGGAACCUCGACCCGACACAAGCUCCGAAGCAGACAAGGCAAUGACUGAACAAGCCAAGCCAAGAGAGUCCGAGCUUCACCUCUACAUUAUUUCUAUGACCUCUCUCAUAUUUCUCCACUUAAAAAGUGCGUGGAACAAUCAAAUGAUCCAGUCGACUCUCCUGCAGGACCCAGCUUAUGCAAGAGUAAUGGCCCCUUGCUCUCCUUCUCGAGGUCCAAAGACUCACAGUUCAGAGGAAACAAAUAAACUGUUCAACCAACUCAGCUCGGAAUUACUUCAUGGAAACAACUUCCUCGAGCGGAGCUUCUCCCUGGUGCAGGAGCUGAAAAUGGCAGCCCUCAGGAACUUCACAAUUAAAAAACUCUUUUGGAAGUCAAACGACCUGUAUCCAUUUCUGAUCAGCAAACUUCAGGAGCACUUGCCAAAGUUUGAGAAUCCCAUUAGCCAGCAAGACAAGCGCAAAAUGGCAGGCCGCCUACAGUUCUCCAUUUUGAUCGUAGAGACAUUAGGCGUCAUGUUCAGGGAGACUGAAACAGAACCAACACGUUUGACUCUUCUGAAUGCCAACCGAGGUAUGACUGUCAUGAACUUGCUGAAGAUUUUAAUAAGUGGUCCACAGAUUCCCACACCAGCUGGUACCAACAUGCCCACUGUAUCUGAAAUCUCAACUAAUUCUCAAGAUGGCGAGCUACAGAAGCUAUUGCUGGAGUACAACAAUGCAGUGACAACUGUUGUGUAUGAAAUCUUCCUCAUAACUCACCAGGGAAACUGGGGAUCAGCCUCUGGGAACUUGACGGUUGGAUGGUUGAUGGUUGCUCUAAAGAAACUUCCUUCCAUGUUGCCUUUUAUUGACCAGAUGAUGAAACACAUCAUUAAGAUGGUGCUACCUCCAAUACAUAUCAUGAGCCCCACUCAGGCUUUGCAACUUUUUCAACAAUUCUACAUCCUGAACACUUGUAUCCAGUACAGCAGUGACUUGGCAGAACAUAUCAGGAAUAAAUACAAUGAAGAAUUUAGGUACUACAUUCAAGCUGCCACAGUGGAAGCAAUGCUCCCCGUCCAUUAUGCUGUCACCCAGCCCACGAUUCGACUCCUUCGCCGAGUACUUAGCUUCAUCCUCCACAAGCUGAUCUAAUUUUUCAAGAGGAUUAAGCUGCAGUUAGUAAUGAGUAUCAGAUUCUAAUGAAAUGGAUGCUAGUGUAAAUAUUCACACAUGUACUUACCUACUGGAUUUAUGGAAACCAAUAACAGUUUGAAAU